GAGGGGUGGGCGAUAGAAGGGUUUAUAAAGGCUUGUCGUUUUUCUAUUAGAGAUUAUUCACAGAAACCAGGAGGAACACUGAGAGAUAAGGGAGAAAACACGCAGGCAGCAGUACCAUGAGGACCAUGCAGGCAGUUCUUCAGUGUGCAAUGGUGUGUGCCGUUGUGAUGAUUGCUGCUUGCUAUGACUCUCAGGAGAGUCAUGAGUCAAAGGAAGAUGUGUUCAUCAGCCAGCGCCGAGCGAAUACUUACAUGAAUCCCUCAUACGGCCAUCCUAGCACCUACAGGAAGAGGGCAAAGUCUCCAGCUGAGGUGAGGUCAGAGAUUUGUGAGGAUUAUUCUCCAUGCCGUGUCUUGGCCAGUCACUAUGGUUACCAAACUGCUUAUCAGACAUACUUUGGCCGUCGGCAGCCCAGAAGCAACUACUACCGUUACUGAGCAACUUCUUCAGCAGUAUUUUCUGUAACUGUAUGAAAACACAUACUGAUGUCUGACUGUUUUUUAGAACCAUAAGCAGUUCAGAGCUCAAUAUCAAUCAUAUGUUAAUGUAUAAACUCUUUGUGUAUCAAUUUACUUAAUCUUUUUGCUGAACUGAGAUCAGUUAAAGAGCAACACCAAUGCUGUCAUGUCCUUCACUGUUCUGAGUUAAUGGUCUCUGGUUGCUGUGAUAUAAUCUUAGGCUAAUAUUACCUAAGUUACCAAUAGCAUGGUAGAAAUAUUAUGUAGCUAAGCUAGCUACCUACAGUCAUUAGCUUAAAGAGCAAGGCAGGCACAUAACCAGAACUAGCAAGUAAGCUGACAAUAUCAGCUAGAUAAAUUCAAAAUAAUCUGAUGCUAAUCUAAGCAGUCUAUGAAGUGGACAGCAUCAGGUUUGAUCAAAAGACUCUUGGCAAACCCUAUCUAAUUAGCUUAGUGAUUUUCAGAGGACACCUUCAUAAAAUGUGUUGCCGAGCGAUAUUACAUUCUCCUCCUUGUAACAAAAAAAUCUAAUCACCAGUGGUAGGCAUAAAAUACUUAAAAAAAUAGGGGGUAUGUACAUGCUUAAACAAUACAUUUACCUGCCAUAUUGAUAGCUAGUUAUCACAAAAGAUCAGCAAGUGUAUAUGGUUCAGUUAUAGCCUGAAAAGGAAAUAGGAAUAUUAAGUAGUUUUAAGAUGUGCCCAUGGUUUAUGCUGACAUCACAGCAUGUGAAAUCUAAUACUACCCCUUGAAAAGAUAUUUGCCUUGUUUUCACUCAAAAAUUAUCAAAAGAAGAUUAGUCAUUUUUCUGUAUUUUCAUUGGCAUUGCUCUUUAAGUGCUGUUUGUGUAAUCACAUCAUUUACUGUUUCACCAUUAAAUCCUGUUCACAUUCAUAA